AUGUCUGCUCAUAUCUAUCUCUGUCAGUUCCUAUCUAUCUAUGUCUGUCUGCUCAUAUCUAUCUAUCUAUCUAUCUAUCUAUCUAUCUAUCUAUCUAUCUAUCUAUCUAUCUAUCAGUUUGUUCAUUACCUAUGUUUGUAUUAUAUCUAUUUAUCUAUCUCGGUCUUCUCUAUCUUGCUUUUAUCUAUGAAGCUGAAUACUAAUCUCGGUCUGUUCAUCUAUCUAUCUAUCUAUCUAUCUAUCUAUCUAUCUGUAUAUCAUAUUUAUUUUCUCAAAUCUUUUCCAGACAAUUUGGAAGAUGAAUCUAUCUGUCUAUCUAUCUAUCUAUCUAUCUAUGAGGGUAAAAUAAAAAAAUAUUGGCACUUGCGCCAUAAUAUAUCUGUGUUAUGUUAUGACGUUCCCAUCUAUCUAUCUAUCUAUCUAUCUAUCUAUCUAUCUAUCUAUCUAUCUAUCUAUCUAUCUAUCUCUGUUCAUUUGUUUUUUAUCUAUCUAUCUAUCUAUCUAUCUAUCUAUCUAUCUAUCUAUCUAUCUAUCUAUGUUCAUUUGAUUCUUAUCUAUCUAUCUAUCUAUCUAUCUAUCUAUCUAUCUAUCUCAGUGUGUUCAAAUCUAUCUAUCUAUCUAUCUAUCUAUCUCGCUGUUCAUUUGUUUCCUAUCUAUCUAUCUAUCUAUCUAUCUAUCUAUCUAUCUAUCUAUCUAUCUCAGUGUGUUCACAUCUAUCUAUCUAUCUAUCUAUCUAUCUAUCUAUCUAUCUAUCUAUCUAUCUCAGUGUGUUCACAUGUAUCUAUCUAUCUAUCUACCUAUCUAUCUCGGUCUAUUCAAAUCUAUCUAUCUAUCUAUCUAUCUAUCUAUCUAUCUAUCUAUCUAUCUAUCUAUCUAUCUAAGUCCGCUUCUCUAUAUCUCUAUUGGAAUUAA